AUGACAAAGGGGAUGAAAAGUUUAAAACAAUUAACACUCAAUUUGACAUCCAUGGACUUGAAUAGCAUCAAAAUAAUAUGUAAUAAUGGGGAAUUUGCUAAAAAUUUGACAGAAUUAAAUGUAGCCAUGAAUGGUAUUGAUUCGGAAGGUGUGAAAGUUAUUGCUUCAUGUGAACACUUGACAAAUUUAAAAAGUUUAAAUUUAUAUUACAAUCGUGUAGAUUCAGAAGGCGUGAAUUCGAUCAUCCAUAGUAAAUAUUUGAAGCAGUUGACAGAAUUGAAUUUAGGUGACAAUGAUAAUAUUGGAUCUGACAGCGUUGCAUUGCUCUCGAGUACUGACAAUUUGAAACAUUUACAAAUUUUGGAACUACAUGAAAAUAUGAUUGGUUCUGAAGGCGUGAAAUCACUAUCCAAUGCUUCCUUAUUGAAUCAAAUCACUCGUUUAAAUCUAAGCUGUAAUGACUUGUGUUCGGAAGACGUUGCCUUACUUGCCAAAAGUGAAAAUUUAAAGAAUUUAACAGAAUUGUCUCUGAGUAGAAAUGUCAUUUGUUCUCAAGGUGUGAAAUACUUGUCAGAGAGUGAUUGCACUCUACAGCGAUUAAGAGUUUUGGAUUUGAGUGAAAAUUGGUUGGACGAAGAGGCCUUGCACUUUCUCUCCACAAGUUUAAAUUUUGAGAAUUUGACUCGACUCUCUUUGGCCAAUAAUCGAUUUUUACAAGUGUUGCAACCUUCCGAUCAUGAUGAAAUGAUCAAGAUUUUUAAACAAGAAGGUCAAUCUUUGAAGAAUUUAAGAUACGUCGAUAUAUUCAUCAAUGAGAAUUGGUGA